ACAAGGGGGGAGAGAUCGGAGAAGGGUAAAAGAGUGGACAAAGCACUCAAAAUACCAGAAUGAGUAGAGGGUAUAUAUACCAUAUUCGAAAGCUAGAAUGAAUCUUCGAAUCGUUCAAAGAACCAACGACAGAUGAUGCGAUGGGUGGUCAUAUUCUGCGGAGGGACCAUGGGAACGACUUUGAGAUUUCUUCGGAAUCAUGACAGAAAAGGGAGAACGAGCUCAAAGUGCCAGGUGGUAGCAGUAUCGAUGUAUACGGGCGCACUUCAUGAUCAUCCAAAAACGAGGCGUCAGGCCCAAAGAUGGAAGUCCGGUUGCACACAAACGCCUCCGCCAGGUCAACUAUCCCGGCGGAUGCAUACAUAAGAAAUGGGGUAUGUCCCGAGACAGCCGAAUCGAUUGCAAGUAUGCAUGUGGGACCAAGCUCCCGCUGGCAUCUGGCGUAUAUCAGUUGACAGCCGAAGUUUCCGAUUAUAGCUUGUCUUGUGUGUACGCAGAGUGCUUGCUUGGAAGAGGCAAUAUGCUUUCAGAGCGUGUUCAAUCCUAUCGGACAUAAGUUGAUGGUGGCAACAAGACGUCGGCGUCGAAUUUCGAUGAUUUAUUGAACGAAAGGGGGAGAUAGCAAUCGAUACGAUGAAUGCGAUCCCGCACCUAUUGACCACCAGAAUGCGGCGCUCCGUGCUGAACCCUACAUCAUCUUUGCCAAUAUGACCGAGAUCAGUCGCAAGGUUAUCUCAUAGAGGUCAAAUGAUCUGGAAGCAGAUAUCGCAACAGGACCUGAGCAUUCG